AUGGAUUCCAAAAAUACCCCUCCUCCCCCGCCUAUUCGCGCUGCCUUGUUCGACAUGGAUGGCCUCUUGAUCGAUUCCGAAGAAUACUAUAGUCUCUGUACAAACGAAAUCCUAUCGCGUUACGGGCGCCCGACCCUGCCGUGGUCAAUCAAAGCUCAGAUGCAAGGUCGACCUGGCCCACAAUCCGGGCAAAUCUUCCAAGCGUGGGCCAACUUGCCAAUCCCUUUUGAACAGUUCAUGAAGGAGCAGUCCAAGUUGCAAGAAGAGCUCUUCCCAAAAACCCAGCCAUUGCCCGGUGUCCUCCGACUGUUGCAGGGACUACGAGAACGGGGAGUGCACAUGGCACUAGCUACGAGCAGCCACAAAGUCAACUUCAUAUUGAAAAGCUCCCAUCUACCCCACCUUUUCAAUGAUUACUUCAAAGACGAACACAAGGUUCUAGGCGAUGAUCCCCGGAUACCGGCCGGACGUGGUAAACCAGCACCCGAUAUCUACCUUCUUGCUUUGAGCACGCUGAACAAGACCCUUGAAGCCCAAGGGGAGCCACCCAUUCGUCCCGAAGAGUGUCUCGUAUUCGAAGACAGCGUGCCCGGUAUUGAGUCAGGUAGGAGGGCAGGUAUGCAGGCUGUGUGGGUUCCGCAUGAGGGUCUUUUGAACGAAUACAAGGGAAGGGAAAAGGAGGUAUUGGCUGGUCUAACUGGGGAGCACAAGGACGACGAAGACCAACAGCUGAAACGUACAGAAGCGGAUGUUAUUGAGGGAAGAAGAAUAGUUGGUAUGCCGGGUGAACUGGAUGAUGGCUGGGCGAGACUGUUGAACUCAUUGGAAGAGUUUCCGUAUGAGUCUUUUGGCAUUGGGAACUCUACUCAAAGCUAG